UACGAAGAAGCUCUUAACUUCUACACCACGCUUUGCAUACUGGAGCAAUCCUGUUGCAAUGCAUCCAAACCCAAUACCGCCUCACUUAAGGCGCCCAAAUUCUACACAGAAUCAAGAAGUCUCGACACAAGUUGCCUCAAUGAAGCCCAGUCCAAUACCUCCUUAUUUAAGGCGAACCAGUGCAGCACAUAGUCAAGAAGUCUUGACAAAAGCCGCUGUGGUGCAAUCCAGUCCAAUACCGCCUCAUCAAAGUCACCCCAGCGCAGCGCAUAUCCAAGAAGUCUUGACAAACGCUGAGCGGGUUCCACCUCACAUGAGGAGACAGCGAAUUGAUCACAAUGUUUCGGAGGCGCUCCCUCCCAAGCCAGACUUUAGUCCGGGGUCAUACGGUUCCAACGUUGGAACUCUGGCCAAAGAGAACACCAACACAGUGACCGACACAACCGAACCCGUGGCUCAAUCUACAAGAACAGAUAGUACGGGGAGUAUAGAGCCACAGACACCUGUCAUUACCAAUGUGUUGACACCCCAUCCACAAACGGGAACCAAGCUGGUUAUUGCUACUCCUCAAGUCGACUCCGAAGUGAAGUUGGCAGAAACCCCAAGACAUAAAUUACCCCCACACCUGCGAAGGGGCAAUAUUAUUCAGACUCCCAAAUCUUCUGCGGAUAACAGACAGAUCUUCAAAAAAAGCCCAAUCUCACCACCGAUACCCCCCUCUGUCAAUGCCAAUGCGUCUCUAUCCAGCUCGGAUCAGAUGCCAGUUCAACAGCAGAAAGGCUUGCCUAGUUCUAUGGGGGAAACCACCUCGCCAGGAGAACCAAAAUGGCAAGGGAAUGUUGUAUCCUCAAGCAACAGUCCUCUCUUGGCAGUUGGGUUCAGAGCAACGUCAAAUAGACUGGCCUCCCCUAUUGCAAUCACUUCGUCAAACCCCAGUUCAGCUGGGUCACCUAUUCAUAUUUUCCCAUUCCAUCUCAGGGAAACUCAAGUUCCAAGUUCUCUCGUCAAUUCCAAAGUCACCAUCAAGGAGGAUUGCACGGAGAUUUAUGAUAAUCCUGGCCUUCAUUCCCGAAAUGAGUCAGUAGCAUCCCGAGCUGGUUUUGCUCCGAUAAAAUUGCCUCCCCAUCUGCGACGAGAACCUUCAAUUCCGGUCGAAAGCACCGAGAUUCUUGCUGAACAAAAGGGCCCGACACCGGUCAACGCAAAUACAGCUGCCUCUCAAGAAAAUGGCUCCCAGCAGUCGAUAAAGGAAGCAAAGCCACAUUAUAUCCCGCCACAUCUUCGGGGCAAGAAAUCGAAUACGCAACAGUCUUCUGUUCUGAACAAAUCGACGGCUGCUUCGAUUCCAAAUGAGAGUACUUCGGGCCAUUCUUCCAAUACUAUAGGAGGUGUACCCCUGGUUGAUAAUCGAAAGGCUUCAAUCGCGGCAAAAACCGAACUCGAGGCUGUUAUAACGCAACCGCCCCAGCCUAGCUCUGGUUCAGCUCAGUUAAAUGUCUGUCAGGGAGAAGAAUAUAAUACUGGAUUUUUUCUUCAUACCGAUGGCGGGCUUGUCAAAGACGUGGCACCCAGAGUUUAUUCGGACGCUUCUAUCAAAACUCACUCCGCCCAAAAAGACGGAAGUGAUGCUUUGAGCGAGUGGGCAGAUCUUCGAAAGCCCGGUCCGGUCAAGAGCCUGUGCAUCAGCGAUGACGAUUUCAAAGACGACGCUUCGGUGAAGAAGUUCAUUGGCGCAGCGUUGGCCGAAUGCCCUGGCGAUGUUAUUAGACUCAACAGUCUUAAUGACAAUUAUUUCUAUACCGCAGAUCCCACGGGCCAAGAGUGGCAUUUGGAUGUCACGGAAGAGUUUCUGAACGCCUUUGUGAAGGUUUGGCAAGAGAAUCUGCCGGAAGAAGUUAUCGUUGUCAAUAUCAAAGCGAUGGAAUUUAUGGGAAGCUUCCCAAUUAAUGUCAAUUCGUUUAUGGAUGCACUUGAACAUCCUGAAUCCUUUCCAAAUCCCUCUACAGAUAAUAAAGAGAAGCAAAAGGAAUGGACUUCAAAUACUGCAAUGGAGCGAAGACAGACGCGGAAGCUAGCUAUUGCUCGGCGUCGCCAGCGGGGGAAGAAUACUUAUUUUGUACCAAAUAUGCAACUGGGUGUCCAACCUUUCGACUGGGGAGAAGCUGCCGUUCCGGAAAAACCAUAUAUCGCUAUACACGUCCGCCCAGCGGAGAUGAAAGACGUUCCUGGGAUUACAGCAAUCUACAAUCAAUGGGUCUUGAAUUCUUUCAUUCCUGAAGACCAGCAGCCAGUUACUGAAGAGAACAUCAAGGCUGUCUUUGAGGCUACACGAAAAUGUUCUUACCCGUUCAUUGUCGCCAUUCGAGGAGACCCUCCUGUCGGAAGCCGUGUUGCAAAGUCUAAUGAGGUGGUUGGAUUCGCCAUGGUGGAAAGGUGUCUGGGAUUUGGUGGUACCUUCAAUGGCCGAUCCCGAUCCACCGCAAUGAUUCAAUUCUACGUCCAUCGAGAAUGCUUGCGACAUGGAAUCGGCGGGCACUUGCUUGACCAGCUCUUGAGGCGUGUUUCCAGAUUGCACGUGCCGUUUUCGGACCGCAACAUUUGGAUCAACCCCACCAGGGACGCUGCGUACGAACAGAUCCCGAACAGAUUUCACCAGAUUGUGGUCAAUAGACCCGUCGACAAACCAAACGACCCAGAGUUCAUGUGGUUCGACGCGUUCAUGAAAAAAUACAAGAUUUGGGAGAGGCAUCGUACUCUAUCUGUGGCGCGGAAGCCUCCUACAACUUCGGGGCCAGGUGCGACAUUCCUCGAUAUUGUCACAUAUCAACAUGAGGCAGAACUUGACGUACGUGUGGAGGGUUAA